GGGGUGAGGUGGGGGAUGCACCCCAGAUGUACCCAGCUGUUUUCUGCUGGCUUUGGCAAUCCCCCAAGGCUGUCUGAGCAUCCCCCACCCCCGCCUCCUUCUCCCCAGUCUGUGGCCGCCCCAGAGCUCAGUACCGGAGCGUGGGGGGUGAGGAUUCGAUGGAAGGUGAGUGGCCCUGGCAGGCGAGUCUGCUCUGGUACAACAAACACCUGUGCGGGGGAUCCCUCAUCUCCAACCAGUGGGUGGUGACGGCGGCUCAUUGCUUCCAACGGAGUACAAACACCUCCAACUAUAUGGUUCUGCUGGGAGUCAACGAAUUGGCCAACAGUCAACCUCACAAGCUGUCCUUGGGUGUGAAACGCAUCAUCCGCCACCCGAAAUACUUAGGGGAAUCUUCCAGCGGAGACAUAGCCUUGGUGGAGCUGGAGAGACCCAUCCAAUUCACCGAUUAUAUCCUCCCCAUCUGCCUCCCAGCUGCCUCUGUCCAGUUCCCAGCAGGCAUGAAAUGCUGGGUAACAGGCUGGGGCAACAUCCGGGAAGGUGAGGACCUGCCAGCCCCACAGACCCUCCAGAAGCUUCAGGUGCCCAUUAUAGACCAGAAGACCUGCAGGUAUCUCUACAGCAAGGCGCUGGGGGGGAAGUUCCCGCCCAAGUCCAUCCAGAAUGACAUGAUGUGUGCCGGGUAUGCUGAGGGCAUGAAGGAUACAUGCAAGGGGGACUCCGGCGGCCCGCUGGUCUGCAAGGCCUCCAAGGAGUGGCUGCUGGCCGGGAUCGUCAGCUGGGGCGAAGGCUGCGCCAUCAAGAACCGCCCUGGGGUCUACAUCCGCCUCACCUCCUAUGAGGCCUGGAUCCAUGACCACGUCCCCAACAUCGAGUUUGUGGCAGAAGAGAAGGGGAGGAACGUGUUCGGGAACGCUGGGGCUGGCUGGGCCGCGAGGAUCGGCACGACCACCUGGCUGCUGCUGCUUGUGGGGCUGCUUCUCCUGGAGGGCUAGAAAGGGCUACCGGGGGGAGAGGCGUCUCCCUCCCUGUCCCCAGGCUGGAAGGGGGGUGGGAUCUGUCAGUGCCACCUGCCCAGAGGGCACCACCCCAUGCACUGAGCUCCCGGGGAGGGCACCCCCGUCUCUCUCGCUCACACCCAUGGGGGAACGGGGCAGCGUGAGCAAACUCAGCAUCUGUCUGCCUGUCCUUCCGCAGCCGUCCAGAGCCCAACUCUCUCGCCUGUCUGAUCCAAGCCUUAUUUAUUGAUCAGAGUCACUGGAUUUCUGUCUGUUGGCCUCUCUACCCCCUGCUCUGUCUGCCUGCAUAUCCCCAUGCACAUGCCUCCAGCCAGCCAUCCCUAAUCUCCAUAUACCCCAUCUAAGCUAACCUAUCUGUCUAUCUGUAACAGGGUCUGCACCCACCUCUGGCGAGCGCCCCCUCUGGUGGGGCCUGUCUGCAUUCGUUCAGUUCCGGUGACCCCCUUUGGUGGUUCUCAGGUGUUUUUUUCAAUGACUCAGCCCUCCGGCUGAGUCCCACGCACUGUCUGCAUGUGAACCAGAGCAGACCCCUUCCGGGGCAUACAGUCCACCGGGGCCUCUCUCAGUGCCCCUCUGGUGGUGUCUCUCCAGCUCUCCCUGGGCUCAGUCUC